UGCCCAUCAUUUCCAUGCAGUCCAGCGGCACACCCAAUUGGCCAAUUCCUCUCCUUAAUUUCAAAAAGCCAUGGCUUUUCAAGGCGUCCUUUCGAAUAAGAUGGCCAUGGCACUGGUUGCCCUUGGCCUCUUGGUGGCGGCCGCGGCGGCCUCCGGCAACUUCAACAAGGACUUCGACAUCACGUGGGGUGAUGGCCGUGCGCAGAUACCCAGCAGUGGCCAGCUCCUCACGCUGUCCCUGGACAAGACGUCGGGGUCGGGCUUCCGGUCCAAGAAGCAAUACUUGUUCGGGAAGAUUGACAUGCAGCUCAAACUCGUGCCUGGGAACUCCGCCGGCACCGUCACCGCCUAUUACCUUUCUUCUUUGGGUUCUGCGCACGACGAAAUCGACUUCGAGUUUCUCGGUAACCUGAGCGGCGACCCGUACACCCUCCAUACGAACGUUUUCACGCAAGGAAAAGGAAACAGAGAACAACAGUUCCAUCUCUGGUUCGACCCCACCAAGGACUUCCACACCUACUCCAUCCUGUGGAACCCUCAAAGCAUCAUCUUCUCUGUCGAUGGAACGCCCAUAAGAGAGUUCAAGAACCUCGAGUCGAAGGGCGUCGCGUUCCCGAAGAGCCAGGCGAUGUGGAUAUACUCGAGCCUGUGGAACGCCGACGACUGGGCCACGAGGGGCGGGCUGGUGAAGACGGACUGGACGCAGGCCCCGUUCACGGCCUCCUACCGGGGCUUCAAUGAUGAGCAGGCCUGCGUCGGGUCGUCGGGAUCCUCCUCGUGUUCCUCCUCCUCCGGCGACAAGUCUUGGCUAUCACAGUCACUCGACGCCACAGGCCAACAGAGAAUCAAGUGGGUGCAGAAGAAUUACAUGAUAUACAACUACUGCGCCGACACCAAGCGCUUCUCGCAAGGAUUCCCUCCCGAAUGCUCUCUUUCUUAGAAGAAGGAAAAGAACACAUGCAAUAUGAUCACCAACUUUUUCCGUUUUUCUUAGGAACUUAGUACUUUCUUUCGUUUAUAUCGAAGUAGUCCCUCUUCAAAUUGGCUUGAACUGUUGAAUAAUAUAAAAAAGAAGAAAAGAAACUAGGCUUGAAUCGUUCCUUCUCUCGUUGUCUUUGCCAAGCAAGUGCUUUAUCAGUGAGCUUGUACCUUUUGACUUCUUCAAUAAUAGCGAAAGUAUGGAUUUCGUGCCCAUUUUUCGUA